GGCGUUGCACUUACGUUGGUCUGGCAACGCCAUCAGCUGAUUUGCCAUCCGCUGCCACAAAUUGUUGCUGAUGUUGUCGUAAAUUCUUUUGAAAAUCGAACCGAUUUGCAACCGCCAAUCGUGGAGCAUCCUGCCCUGGACGAUGGGAAGCACGCGGGAGCGGGAAAGGGAGAGCCGCCUGUGCGCCAUCACCUUCUUCGCAAAAUUACAUCCUGGCGACGUGUGCGGCAGCAAUGGAUUGCCCCUAACACCAAAUUCUAUUGCAAUCCUGGGAAGAGCGCAAAAGCUGAAGGAACUACAGGACGAACACCUGUGCCAGUACCUUGAUGUGAUUCGCGGCAAGCAUGAACGCACGAUAGUGGUUUCAGAGUAUCUGGGCCUGUCCCUGGAGGAUUACGCCAAGCGACAUCCUCCACUUGCGAUCGCCCAGAUCCUGAGGAUCUUCUACCAGGUGGCCUGCGGCAUUGACGUUCUGAGCCAACACCAUCUGGUGGCCCACAACCUGGAGCCGAAGCACGUUCUCCUCUCCGACGACUGCCAGCGGGUGAAGCUCUUCAACUACGGACUGCAUCACAUGACCAAGGGCGGUGCCUAUGUGCCCUUUCCCAUUGGCAAUAUUCGCUACAUGGCACCGGAGCGCUUGCUCGGGCUAAAUGGCAACGUCAAGAGCGACAUUUGGUCGCUAGCCAUGCUGAUAGUGGAGCUGAUAUUUCAAAUCGAACUGUGGCCAAAGCUGAAAAUCUCAAAUGUGAUCCGCAAGAUCCUCGCCUUUGGCCGGAGCAACGGGGUGCUGGAGAAGAUUGCGCGGGAGCAUCAGUGCCACGAACGAUAUGCGGAAAUGGACAGCAGCCUGCGCGAGCUGCUCGAAAGCUGUUUGAGUGUCCUUCCCAAAAGGAGACCGCAGCCGGAGGAGCUCAUAAAACAUGCCUUAUUCGAGGCAGUAAUUUUGGACUUGAAAAAGGAAAAAACCCAAGCAUUAAGCGUGGAAACCGAGCAUUUACCUCUACUCCUGCGAUGUCCUCUGUCGCAGAUCUACCACCUUUGGCAACUGGCUGGCGGCGAUGUCCAAGCGGAGCUGAAAAAAGAGGGUCUUAUCCGGAGUGAGGCGCCCAUUUUGGGCCUGCCGCAGAUCGUUCGACUGAGCGGCGCCAGCGUUUGUCCCGGGCGAAGUCAGGCCCAGCUGAUGGACGAUCGCGUGGUGCCGCUGCGCCUGAAGGCGCUGCUCCAGCGACUGAGUCGCUUGCCCGCCGCCGUCUACUUUCCGCUGCUGCACUCGCCGCGCUUUCCCGCCCAUUUUGCCCGCGAACUGCAGGAUUUGCCGCUGGUGAUCCGCGAAAAGGACAUCGAGUACCAGUUCCAGCGGGUGCGACUGUUUACGCGACUCCUGCAAGGCUAUCCGCACACAGCGGAGCACCUGCAACGCGAGGCGGCAGUGGAUGUGCCGCCGCUACUGCGGGGUCCCAUUUGGGCGGCCCUGCUGGAGGUGGUGCCGAACGGAAGUUACGCGAAGAUCGACAAGUUCACGGCCACCAGCACGGACCGGCAGAUAGAGGUGGACAUACCGCGCUGCCACCAGUACGACGAGCUGCUCUCCUCGCCCGAUGGCCAUCGCAAGCUGAGGCGGCUGCUCAAGGCCUGGGUCACCGCCCAUCCGCAAUAUGUCUACUGGCAGGGACUGGACUCGCUGACGGCGCCGUUUCUCUAUCUUAACUUUAACAACGAAGAGCUGGCCUUUCUCAGCCUGUUCAAGUUUAUUCCGAAGUAUUUGCAAUGGUUUUUCCUCAAGGACAAUUCGGCAGUGAUUAAGGAGUACCUGAGCAAGUUCUCACAGCUGACCGCCUUCCAUGAACCGCUCCUCGCUCAGCAUUUGGCCAGCAUUAACUUCAUACCCGAGCUGUUCGCCAUUCCCUGGUUCCUCACGAUGUUUUCGCACGUCUUUCCGCUGCACAAGAUCCUGCAUUUGUGGGACAAACUCAUGCUGGGCGACAGUUCGUACCCGCUCUUCAUUGGCAUUGCUAUUCUACGUCAGCUGAGGAGCACGUUGCUCACCUCCGGUUUCAACGAGUGCAUCCUGCUCUUUUCGGACCUGCCGGACAUUGUGAUGGAUGGCUGUGUGCUGGAGUCGCAGAAGAUGUACGAGGCCACGCCGAAGAGUAUUACUCACCGCCAGCACGCCCUGCGUCUCCAACCGCCGCAGGCAUUGGACAUUGGCGUUGCGGACGUGGAACUGAAGCACCUGCAAAAGGAACAAUGCCCUCGCAUCAGCGGCAAGGAUGUGCAGUUUCUGCUGGAAAACUCGCCGGCGGAGCUGGCCCUCGUCGAUCUGCGCAGUGUGGUGGAGUUCGGACGCGUCCACGUGCCGCACAGCAUCAACAUUCCGUUCGCCACCGUCCAGUUGGGCGAACAGCGCCUGGACGCGCUCCAGGUGCCGCACUUGGAGUCUCAACUCCGUGGCAAGAUCGUGGUCUGCGUGAGCAACAUCCAUCAGCACUCCGUGGAGUUCUCGCAUUUCUUGCUGGCCUGCGGUGUCCAGCGCACCUGCAUCCUCCACAAAGGAUUCAACGUCCUGCACUCCAUCGAGCCAAAUAUACUCAUCUCGAAUUGAGCCCGACUUGCUGAUCGUUUCUCGUUAGCCUCAUCGCCUCUGCUCGUCUAGCCUAAGCUCAAUGUAAAUUUAUUAUCUUUUUUAAAUGGAAUGUAUUUGCAAAUAAAUUAUAUAUGUAUAUAAAA